GGAAUGUUGUUUAGGAUACAGUAAUGGCGGCCGGGGACGACUCGGAGAUUCCUGAGUCGGGAGCUGUCUUCACGUUCGGGAAGAGUCGAUUUGCGGACAACUUACCAAACAAAUUCUGGGUGAGAGGGGAUAAAGUGAAGUCUGUAGCAUGUGGGGACGAACAUACAGCACUGAUUGCAGAGAGUGGCCGGGUUUUCACAUUUGGGGUCAAUGACUGGGGUCAACUGGGCAUUGAUUCCGUCAAAGUCUCCACAAAACCAGUCUGUGUGAAAAAACUUAAACCAGAGAAAGCUACUGUGGUAGCCUGUGGGAGAAUACACACUCUAGUAGCGACAGAGUCGGGGAGUCUGUAUACAUUUGGUGCUAACGGUGACGGACAGCUGGGUGUAGAGGAUAUUCCCAGCAGUAACUCCCCGAUCAAAGUUGACUGCGAGCCGCGACAAUACAAGGCGCUAGCCGCAGGGGCAGACCACUCCGUGGCUCUCACAGAGGAUGGAGACCUAUAUGUUUGGGGAGGGGGUUGUGAGGGACAGCUUGGUUUGGGAGACACAGAUGAUUAUUCCAAACCCACGCUACUCAAGACAGACAACAAAGUCAUCAGUGUAGCCUGUGGCUACUACCACACGGCUAUUGUCACAGACAAUGGUGAAGUUUUUACUUUUGGAGAGAGUGAUGGAGGGAAACUGGGACUAGGGGACGAAUCUGAGAAAGCACACACACCUCGGAAAGUGGACAUCCCAGAAAGGGCCAAGUCUGUGGCAUGUGGAGGGUCACAUACAGUAGUAUUAACAGAGUGUGGCAAGGUUUACACCUUUGGAGAGGGCAGUAAUGGACAGUUAGGGAACGGGACCAGAAUGUUUGUGUCCCCAUCACCGAUCUGUCUCAAUAUCAAGUUCAAGGUCACUCAGAUAGCUGCCGGGGAAAACCACACAGCCUUAAUAACAGAGAAGGGGCAGUUGUACACUUUUGGGGAUGGUCGCCACGGAAAACUGGGCCUCAGUCAAGACAGCUACUCUAACCAGUACUACCCGAGUAAAUCCGAGCGCUUCAGCAAGUUCAUUGUCACUCAGGUGUCAUGUGGAGGAUGUCACAUGAUCGUGUCAGCACACAUGCGUCUUCAGAAUGGUGACAUAAACAGCGAGUCAGAGGAAGAAGAGGAUGAGAAUGAGAACCUGAACAAAACCAACCUCAAUCACUCCAUCAAGGCCGACGGAUCUGUGGAUUUAGGAGGAAGCUUUGGGGCCCGGGACCGACGACGUCAGGAAUCCAUUAAACGGGCACCAUCAUUAAACCGAACUCUCCCAGCACUCACUAACAACGCAAAAAAUGUGGGCUCUCUAAGCGCAACCCAUCCCCCAAAGCCAUCACCCCUGGCAAAACGACCCCUACCACAGGCAGCUAAACCAGAAGUGAAGAAGGCAGAAUCUGAAGAAGAAUCAGAAGAAGAAUCUGAGGAAAGUGAAGAGGAGGAGGCAGACGCCGCAAAGCUCAACCAUGAACAAAAGUCAGAGACUGAAAGUGAAAGUAAGCCAGUUCCAAAGCCAAGACCAUUACCACGUAAACAUGGAGAGGACGAUGAAGAGGAAACAAAGUCUAUAGAUUCAGAGAAAGAAAAGGAGGUCGAAAAAUCAGAAACAAAGUCUGCUGAAGAGAAGAAAGAGGAAACUGAAGAGGUGAAGAAGGAGUCGGGGGAAAGUGAAGAGGAGAGUGAGGAAGAAGAGAAGAAGCCAGAGAUUAGCCAAUCAGAAGCACCUGCAACUGAAACUAGCCAAUCAGAAUCUCCGGCAGUCGAUGCCAACCAAUCAGCAAUAGAGACUAAAGAAUCUGUUAGUUCAUUGAAAAAAGAGGAAGAAGAGAGUGAGGAGGAGGAGGAGGAAGAAGAGCCUGUCAAAGAAACCACAAAGACUGCCUCCAGGGCUAUGCCUGAGCUUCCCGUUCCAAAACCCAGAGCAACCAAGACAACGGAGAGUGAAGAGGAAGAAGAAGAGGAGGAAGAGAAAGGAAAGAAGAAGGACAAAGAGAAGAAGAAAGACAAGAAAAAAGGCAAGAAAGAUUUAAAAGUGUUUGGUAAGGUGUCCACGGGACUGUCUGAUGAGGAGGAGGAAGAUGAAGAAGAAGACAAGGAAGAAGCAGAGGAAGAAGAGGAACCAGAAGAUGAGGAAGAAGUGAAGGGAGACAAGAAAAAAGACAAAAAGAAAGACAAGAAAAAGGAUAAAAAGGACAAGAAGAAAGACAAGAAGGAUAAGAAAAAAGGAAAGAAGAAGAAAGGAGAGGAAGAUCAGGAGGAAGAAGAGGAGGAAAAAGAAGAAGAUGAAGAAGAGGAGGAGGAUCCUAAAGGGAAGAAAAAAGACAAAAAGAAAGACAAGAAGGACAAAGAUAAGAAGAAAGAUAAAAAGAAGGAUAAAAAAGACAAGAAGAAGAAAAAGAAAGGUGAAGAAGAGGAGGAGGAAAAUGAAGAAGACAAAGAGGAAAUAGAGGAGGAAGGGAGGAAGAGUGGAGAGGAAGAAGAGAAAGAGGAUGAGGAGAAAGAUGGAGAGAAAGAAGAAAAGAAUGAAGAAGAAAAGAAAGAGAAAGAAGCAGCCAAUAAACCCCCGGAAAAGAAGUCAAGAACUUGUACGAUAUUAUGACGAAAAAAUGUGCAGCCUUUUAUGAAAGCUUUGCAAAGAGGGAAAGCUGUCUAAUCCUGCAGGUAGCUGAAUGAUAGCUGAGAAACUGAUGAAAGAAGACAGGAAAUGCUGUAACUGACAUUGCAUAGAACGAAACUGAAUCUAACGAAACUAGAGGGGUAAUAGACAACAAAACUUAGCUCUACUGGAGUUGUGAUAUUUAUAUUAUUUACAUGUUUAUAUGGACUUAUUUAUUAGCUUUUAUUUUAUUUUAAAUGUUAGUUCUAAGUCUGUGAAGUUGAACAAGUCCAACCCUGUUUUACUUAAUAUCUGAGAUGCGUCAAAAUUCCUUAGUAAUGAAAAAAAUCUUAAUCAUGUAGGCAGAGUUUCAUAGGUAGAAUGAAUUACAUGUAUAGCUAUUCCUAAUAUAUAUCAAUUAGGGAAAUGUGAUCCGAAAUUUUUGCACUAAAUCAUCUUGGUGAUUUUGUUUGAAAUUAAUGAUAAUUAUGAUAAAAUUAAUUUCAACAUUGAUUGUAUAGUUAUAAUAUAUAAUCAACAUAGGACCUGAUGACUUGGAAUUUAUUUUUAUUUAUUUAUACCUUUUUUUAUGGUUUACAGAGCUUAUCUUUGGAAUCUCUGGUGAUGUGUCACGUGGCAUUCACUUUAGUCCGUCCAUUAAUUUCUGACAUUAAAAUUAAUCCUCCAUAAUAUUUGUAUUUUAUUAUUAGAUUGUGCUGUAUUAAAUACUUUUGAGUGAAAUAUUAGGCUCUGAAAAUUCGGCAUAAUUCAUAAUUUUUAAGAUAGAUCUAUAUAAUUUAUCAUUUUGGGUAUUUUUUUUUUAUCCUUCAUGUAUACCAGUUCCCUCCAAUAUUAAGUUCAUGACACCAUUCUUGGAACUGUUGAUAACGUGGAAUGUAAUGUGUUUUUGAUGAUCUUUUGUGCUUGAACCAAUGAAAUCAGGGAUUACAUAGGAUGUUUUGGUUCUUAUUAAACAGACUUGAUGAAAUACCAGCACAAAAUUAUUUUCUUGAAGG